CUGCCAGGGACGGACAGGGGAGGGGAAUAGAGAGCAUAAUUGCUUGCUUUACUCAGCUUGUAGGCAGGCAGACCGUUUAGGCAGAGAGACACAGAAGAACACUUGGAGAGAUUGAGAGGAGGCACAAAAUAAAGAAAGAGAGAAGUAAGAUAAAAGGGAAACAAAUCACCAACAGCACAAAAAAAUGGAUCCCAACAAGAUGCCAAACGCCCCACCACCAGGCUGGAACCCAGAUGAGAAGUCUGGGAUGGGACAACCAGCUCCUCCACCCUACCAGGACCACCCCCAGUACCCCAACACAGGAUACCCUGUACCAGCAGGCUACCCCGCCAAUCCCCAGGGCUACGCACCACCGCCACAGUAUGGAGGAGCUCCUGGGGCCCCUUACAGCCAGCCAUACCCCCAGGGACAGUACCCCCAGGGACAGUACCCCCAGGGAGAGUACCACCAGUCCACCGUCACAGUCCAGCCUACGGUGUUUGUGACCCAUGGAGCUCUGCCUUACCCUCUGCCAGACUACCUGGGCUACUCCAUUUUCACCAUGCUGUGCUGCUGCCUGCCACUUGGCAUCGCUGCACUUAUCUACUCCAUCUCGACUAGAGACGCCAACAACCAGGGUCACCAGCAGAUUGCUGAGAAGAAUUCUCGUCUAGCGCGGAUACUGAACCACACCGCCCUGGGUAUCGGCAUCACCAUCAUCGUCCUGUACACCGUCUCUGCCCUCAUCCUGGGAAACCGUAUCGACUGAUCUGACAUCUCAACACCGGCUAGCACCACAGCCACCGCUUCUCUCAACCCCAGCACCCAAAAUCAUCCUAACCUUGACCACAUACAAUAGGUGCCGGUGACAGGCACUUUCCAAAGAGAUACAUCUCACUGGGGACACACUGGUUGAAUCAACGUUGUUUCCACGUCGUUUCAAUGAAAUGGUGUUGAACCAACGUGGAAUAGACGUUGAAUUGACGAAUGUGCCCUGUGGGAUAUAUCAUAAUGCUGUUUAUUCAUCAAUGUUUAUGACAUACAUUUUGAAAAACUACAUCUAAUGACUUACUUUUUUUUUAAUACCUGCAGACCGGAUAGUUUAAAUCAUUCAUUAUUUUGCCUGUUUAAUUGUAUAUUUAAUAUACAUAAAUAAACACCAAAUUAUUGACACUAAUUGUAUUUUGGAAUAUUUCUAAUACAUUUCUGAAGGAUAGUGUAUGUAUAUUCAGUGUGUAUGGAUAAGUCAUAUCAGAGUUUAAAGACAGAUUUGACAAUGUUAUGAGAAUGCAGCAGAAAGAGACUAUUCUUAAAGUCUUAGAAGACAUGUAUUACUGGUUGUCAUUACACAGAGUACCAGUGAGGUAAAAUGUUUACUCUUGUGAGCGGUAACAACUCAAUGUCAAAUAUUUACUUCUUGUUACACAAGUGUAUCAAUUUCCUCAAUUCAGUGUUCUUUGCUGUCGGCAAUGACACAAGCAAUAUCUAAUUCAACUUAUUUUGGACAACUGUGGAGACUAAGGUCUACAUUCAAUCUGUAGCAUGGAAGGUCUGUCGUAUAGCACGAUUGAAAUUUAAAGUUAAUUUCCGAUUGAGUCAACAUAUGCAACAUUUACCGUGAACGCAGUCUCCUCGAACGCAGGAACAUUUCUUUUUUCCUUUUGGUACGGAUUGAAUCUAGCUCUAGAAGUCAAAYGGAAUUGCCACGCUGUUCCAGUUUGGCCUUACAGUUGUUUAAUUUGGUAAAAAUGUCCCCACUAUCAAUGUCAUUUAUAGUCACAUAUUGUCAGAUUAUGUUUAAGGCUGUAUAGAUAUAUAUUUUAUUUUACUAUAUAUUCAGUGAUGCUCACCUCUUCUAUUUACCAAGGAAAUGUCUUUUAUCCUUCUCUAAAGUGUGUAGUUGAUGGAAAAAUGUUUGUUUGUUUGUGAAAACACAAAAGAAGAGGCCAUUAUCAGAAUACAGAUAUGUAAACCAAAUUUGUUUUUAAAUAAAGCUCAAAGGGUAAAUAAA